UCACACCACUACGCUAAUUGACUUUUCUGUGGAGCUCGUAGUGGCCGGAGGUGGCUUGCAUGGAAGCUGUUUCAGCUACGCCACGAUAUGCACAUGCAUCUCAGCUGCGUGCAUACAUGGCGCUAGCUAUUGAAAGCUAUUGUGAGACCUAGACCACCGAAGGUCGCUCGCUUCGCACCCGCGUGCCAACACAUGGGUGGGCAAGGGACACCUGCAGACCAAUGUUUCCGUGUGGGUGAACCUCACGGAUAGCAUGAGCAAACCUUCACUCCGACUUGGAUGCCAAAACGAUGGCAGCGACUACGAAGCCCAGAGCAAGAGUCUUCAGGCACUUCAAGAGAAAUCAACAAGGACAGGCGCCAGUGCCUGCUUUCUCACCCAUUGAGAUCGUUGAUCCUGAUGUUAUCAAAGAGCUCGAUCCUGGAUAUGCGCAGUUGUAUUCGUACUACGAACCAGGUCUUCAGGGUGGCAGAUAUGAGAUCAAAGUCGACCACAAAUUAAAUCAUCCAGACUUUCCCUCUGCCCCAAAAGUGCCCAAGGACGACAAAGACAAAUUCACUGCAACACAGACCGCGAAUCCUGUCUCUACACAGCAGUUCAACGUCAACGUACCACGAUGGAAUCUCCCACCAGGCAUUAUCCAUCAGACUUAUCCGCCUCAAGGGCUUGCGGAUCACAACAAUGUUUUGCCGCAUAUGGUAUUUGAAGAUCCACAAUUUCCGUGGGAGAAUGAAGGGUCUCCGAGCCAGGACGAGGCUGACAGUAAGGUUGACCAUGAUACGACUACGCGCUCUCGCAGCAAAGUUCCUUGGGUCGCUCUGUGGACUUUUGCUGAAGACGAGAUUAAGUUGUCAGAUGCAGAGUUGAAGGGAGUGAGUAAAGGCGGUCUCUUUCCGGACGUUGUGCAGAUCCCUUCGCACAGUAGCCCUCCACCCGACGGCCGUGAGCAAGACAAGGCGACGUUCGCUGUCAAAUUGACGAUGGGUGAGUAUCUGGAAAUGGGUGGCUGGCCGAGCUGGAAGACAUCAGGACCUUCGAAAGUGAUUAUUCCGCAUCAGGACUCCGAUACGAUCGAGCACAUAGAUCGAGAGGAACAGGUUAAUGUCGUGUUUGUCAAGCGCGACAUAUUUGAGAGUCAUGUCUGCAGCUAUAACGCUGAUGGGAGUGAUAGCCCAUCGAUCCCACCUGGGACUACGACAAAGCCGGAUCUAUCGCGGUACAAGUACUUAUCGCAUGUCAGGAAUGUAAAUCAGAUUGCUAUGGCUGGUCUUGAUCUACCCGACAAAGGGUUGUACUCUGUGGUUCACGCUCAUCGCACUGGACCGCUCAAUAUUACGGCUCCUAAGCCUGUGAUCGUCCAUCUGGUCUCCAUCAUGGAUAUCGAAGAGAACCUCACCCUACCUCUGGAUACCUCUUUACCGCAAACGAAAUGGGUUGCAAUGAUCUCUCUUCACUCUUGGACUUAUCUUUGUUUACCCCCCGACACAGUCAACUUCGUCGAUACCAUGCGUGGAAUUGGCCACACGAUUCAGGACGGUGCUGAAUGCUGGCUACGAGCUCCAGACAACGCAAUCGCAAAAGCUGCAGGUCUACAAAUGCCGAAAAUUAAUGCUGCGAAACAAAGUAUUGCGAAGACCCUUGACGAUGCGUCGGAAGCUCAGAAGUCAUCCCUGAACUACCGCCUUGCUGCUAGACUCUUCGAUGGCUAUUCUCUACAACGAUACUUGCUGCAAACUGGCGAAGAAACAGUCUCUCUGUACCGUGGACCACUUUCGCCUACUUUCGUGCCACCAAUCCAAACGCGGAAAGAUGGUGGCUGGUGGCCUUUGCAAUCCAAUUUCUCAACAGAUUAUCAGGUCCUCGAUCCCAAGCUUGGGAUCAUGGAUAUCACAUACUCUGCAGCAUGGCAGCUUGGACGUACGUUGGGCAUCGCGGAUCAAGCUUUUACAGCAUCUCUUGUGCGGUUGCGGAGUGCAGUUAUAACUACUGCGACCAGAGAGACCAAGAAGCAGAUUGCUGGCGCUGGGAAUGUGAAGAGUAAAACACAGACACUUGCGACAAUGGCGAAGAGCAUAGACGCCUUGUCUGCGAUUGGAGAUGUCAAUGCCGGUGGUAAUGCUCUACCUACGGCUAAUAGAGUGAACAAGCUCGUCAAUCCUCAGCCUCAGGUUGUGAUUGAGAGGGUGUCCUCCGACGAUGGCAAGCCCCUCCCUCCCGACCGAGAUCUUAAAGCAGCCGCAAAAGCAAAUGUUGUUCUGCAGCAUAUGGUUGUGAACGAGGCAACCAGAAUAGCCGCUGCGGCCAUACCUGCAGCUACCCUCGCAACUACAUCCACGGACGAUGGAGUCGAGGUCUUCAUACCUUUCAACGAGAUCAAUGUUCCUUCCUCGCCUGAUUGGCAGGUGGUACAAUCUUGGAUACUGGACAAGCUUAGCCUACACAACAUCCCAGCACACUACAUGACCAGCGACCCAAGUCAUCUGCCGCAAGACUCGAUUCGCUUCUUCUACAUCGACACGAACUGGUUCGACGCUUUCAUCGAUGGUGCACUGAGCAUCGGCAAUCAUCUCGAUCAAGAAGACGAUACAGUCCGGCAGGCGUUCAAGAGACAGCUCAAUCGAUACUUUGCAGCUCCACUGGGAACAGGGAACAUGAAUUACACGCCCCAGAUUCCUACUUUUGGAUUUUUCUUACGGUCAGCAGUCGUCAAAACGUUCCCGAAUCUGGAGGUUCAUGCACCUUGGCCAACAUCUGAGGAAAUGGGUGGAAACAGAAUGGAAACUGUUCGGCUUGAUUGUUUGGAGAAGGACACGCUAUUGUGUCUGUUUGACAGAUCUCCUGGUCAAAAUCACUGGAAUAAAGAUCAAGGAGAUGGAUCAAGGCGGAGAGAUAUCACCAUCUGUCAGCCGCCUCAUCAGCAAUGCUUUCGCCUUGGCACGAGUACGACUACUGAUUAUGUUCAGAUGCAGUAUCGUACUGUGUAUACUAAGGAUCCUUCGGAUUUAGGCGAUGGUGAGGAGAUCUACACUUCUGUUGGAAUCAUCAAGUGGAAACCGGCCGGACCUGUGCUCCAGAAGAAUGCCGACGAAGUCACUGUCGAUUUUGUGAAACAGAAAAGGAUCUUCGACUACAAGACGAAUAUGCUGAUCUUCCCUGCAUUUGCUCAGUCGUGUAUUGAUAUAUUGAACAGUCAAAUGGAGCGACCAAACAACGCAGAAGGGAAAAGCAAAUACUUCGAGGACGACGUCCCGUCAUCUGCAGUCACUGCCGUGAUACUCAACUCUUUCAUAUCUGUCAUGAACAUCAAGCUUCCGGAAGCCGCAGCGGAUGACAAGAGACCUGCACCUCCUGAUACAACCAAAACACCUCGCCAGAUUCGGCUCGCGCCAGAUGCUGACAGCGACACAACGACUUGGAGAAUUGUUCCCGCACCAGAACCUCCCGAGGAUCCUCGGCCCAAACCCAAAUCACCCUUAGAACCCAGCGAAAUCGUCGCACCACCACCUCUUCCCGGCCCACCGUCCAAACGCCCAACACGAAUGCCGAGCGACUACGACCAAGCCAACUUCAAAUUUCCCGAAUCCGAGAAAACAGACGGCGUCGCAGCUCAACUCCGCAGUCCCAUUCUAAGCCAAUGGCUCUGCGAUGCCUUCGUCCUCGGCUACACCAAGAAUCCUGCUCCGAACACCACAAAUAACGUACCAAUCUACCCUCCCAAUCACAAACUCUUCAACGUCCCUCUCGACCUCAUCAUCCGUAUUGUACCUCCCACUCGUAUCCCCCAGGAUACAAUGCACAAGUUACAAAUUUUCAGUAUCGAAGUGGAGUUUCUGCUGGGUAAUGAUGCUAAGCAUUUGAUGGCUAGGUAUGAUGGGCCAGGAGGGAGUAUGUUGAAUAAUAUGAAGUGGAAUGUUCAUGUGGCGCAGAAGAUUGAUCCGCCGAGGGUGGCUUUUACGUUGAUUCCGAGGAGUACGACCAAGUUAAGUGCUUUGAAUCGGAAUCAGGAUCUGUCGUUUGCGGUUUGGGGGGUUGUGACGAAUGGGGUUUCGGGUGGGAGGGUGAAGGUUGAACCGAAGGUCACAGUGAGUUUGGGUCUGAAAGAGACAUUAUGCUGUAGCGACAUGUUGUUCUUCUAUAUCGAGCGCUUGGCUAACUUCUUGGUACAGGAGAAUUAUCGAGCGUGUGACAAGAAGCAAUUAGGUGGGCAAGUGCAGAAGCUCACUGCGGUUAGUACGUGCGACUUGAUGAAGGUGAAGGUCUAGGUGAGCAGACAUGGAGUGGAGCGUGCAUGUGCAAUAGGUGAACGCUGUAGAGCCCCUUCGGGAUCUCGUCCCAUGCAAGCUUUCAGAAUCAAUGAAUACCGCUCUUGAGAACCCUUUGCAAUUUUCGGACUGCUUGAUACGCUCUAAUAUGCAGCUCUGUUACAGACCUUCGAUGAAACCCUUCACAGCU